AGAAGAGCUUCGUCCAGGAAGUAGAAAGCUGGUCCUUUGUUGAUGAAUCAACAGAGAUGUCAGAUUUACAUGAAGAGAGUGUAACUAUCCAGUCAUCAGAUGAAGGUGUCAAUAUAAACAAUCAGUUCACUUUAACAAAUGACAAUAUGAAUACAGAUGGUGAAGCAUGUGACACUAAAGAUGAAGGCUUAACAGAUGACAGUAAAGAAGAAGGUGAUACUUUCAUGAGUGAUGAUCAAGAUGAAAAUGAUACUUUCAUAGGAGAUAAUAAAGAUAAAGAUCAUACUGCCAUGAGUGACAAUGAAGACAAAGAUGAUAGUUUCAUAAAUGACAUUAAAGACAAAGAUAGUUUCACACAUGCCGAUAUAGAGAAAGGCGAUAGUUUCAUAUGUGACAAUAAUGAUGAAAUUGACCUUUCAAUAGAUGAAAUUAAAACUGAAGCAUCUGAUGAGCUUAAUGAAUCAAUAAAUGACCAAGAGAUUGCUUCAGUUUCUGUAUAUGAUGCUAACUUGUGGAGACAAAGCUUCAAAGAAGUGAAGGAAAAGACGAAGACGAAGAGGGAUAAGAAAACAGAUGGUCGUAAAAGAGCUUCUGGAGCUGGACGACCAGCGAAAACAUACGAGUGUAAAUAUUGCCAUUUCACAUGUAUGGGCAAAGAUGAUAUGGGAACUCAUUACAAGAAAGAGCAUCCAAAAGUAAAGGAUAAAUUUUUCCCUUGCCCUGAACCCAACUGUGACUUCUCAAGCAAUAGCCGGGACAAUGUCUAUAGACACAAUAGUGCGGCGCAUAAGUUAAGGGUAUUCAGAUGUACUUUUGAGGGAUGUGACUAUGAAUCAAAAUACAACUCUAACUUAAGACAUCACACAAGACAAAUACAUGAGAAGGCUGAGAAAAAGCACAAAUGUGAGGAAUGUUCAAGCUGCUUUGCGUUACCAUCUGAUCUAAAAUGGCAUAAAUUUAUUCACCACUCUGAUGAGAAGCCAUUUCUUUGUGAAGACCCUAAUUGCAAUUUUAAAUGCAAGCGUCCUUGGGAACUUAAGGAACAUAAGCAGAGAAAGCAUGCAAAUACGAGACCUUUUAAAUGUGGAAUAUGUGACUUUCGCUUUAAAAUGGUUGGAGAUCUUAAGAAACAUAUGGAUGUACAUUUAGGAGAAAAAAAUAUUCAAUGUGAUUUGUGUCAUAAAAAAUUUAUUUGUCAAAAAUAUCUCGCAAAGCAUAAAAAGAACAUGCAUACUGAAAAUAAAGAUAAGAUAAUGUUCAAAUGUGAUAAGUGCAACCAUAUGACUAAAUCAAAGCAGAACCUGCAAAGACAUUUAGAAAAGCAUAACCCAGACCAUGUGAUGCCUUUCACGUGCCCCGAGUGCCCGAGACAGUUCUCCAACAAAAGCAAUAUGGCAAAUCACAUGACCACACAUGAUCCAAACAGACCCUAUCCAUGUCCUAUGUGUGAGGAAUAUGCUGCGAAUGAGAUUGAAUCGUUACUUUCUCACAUAGGUGUCUACCACCCUGGGUACGAGAAUCUAUAUGAGUGUGGUGUUUGCAAGAGAGCUUAUGCUAAGGCACCUAGACUAAGACAACAUUAUAAAUCCGAGAUACAUCAACAGUUGAAAGCUGCACAUCCAACAUUAAAGAAUGAACCUGAUGAUGUCUUUAAAGCUCUAAUGGAAAAACUUUACUCAGGAAAAGAAUUCAAGAAAGUUGACAAACCCAAAAAAUAUGGUUGGAGUCAAGACCUUCGUGGAUCAAUCAAAGCGUUAAAAAACAAGACUGUGCAAGGGACAGAUGGAGUUAAACGCAAGCGAGGAAGACCACGGAAGGAUCCUGAUCAAGUUACAGAGAAGAAGGAAAGAGGUAGACCAAAGCUAAAAAAGAAUACUGACCUUGAUCAUGACACACAGCCUGAUAGUGCAGAUGAUGAUUUCAAGAUUGAGCCAGCGGAUGAGGAUGAGAGAACAAAUGAUGAUGUUGUUGAACCUUAUCAAAUACUCAAACGUAAGCGUGGGAGACCACGUAAAAAUCCAGAUGAAGUAAAAAGGAAGAAGAAAAGAGGUAGACCAAAAUUGAAUAAAAGAAUCUCUGAUGUAAGUGAAACCCAACUAAAUGAUAGAGAGAAUGACUUUGAAGUUGUAGUCAAGACUGAGCCGAUAGAUGAUGACUAUUCAACAUGCCACAAUCAUACAAAUGGCAGUCAAGCACUCUGCAACUGUGGGGAAAAUGCAGGAGCAGAAACGUCACUUUCUCGUGAAAAAUUAUUAUCUGAUUUUGUGAGCAACACAGAUGUGGGAACUCUUGAGAAUGUGGUUGUUAAGAUUGAGAAAGAUGAUGGUGAACAGGAGAUGUAUGGUUUCCAAGUUUGUAACAAUGAUUCAGAAUAA